AUGAUGAUGAAUGGCUGCAACUUCUGGAAAGCUACAGUUAUCACCACAGCUCGUUACGACACUGGUGCGCCUAAUGCUGAUAAAGAACCCCACCCCUACUCCAUCCUCUCCAGUGUGGAAAAGCGUCCGCUCCACGCCCCAGUCCCGCAUUCCCACCGCCGCCAAAACAAGGAAGGUCAAGGUCAGGGGACUGAAGCGCAGCAGGCCGAGCCAGGCUGCGGAGACCGACCGCAGCAAAAUGCGAACCUGAACACGAGGGGCCCGCACAGGAGGCUUCAGGCCAGGUCACCGCACUGCAGCGCGGGCGGAGCGUCAGACCCCAGCGCCCCUGGCACCUCCGGCCCCUGGGCUCGGUUUGUCCCCUUUGCCCAGAGGGCUGAGCCGAGUCACCCGCACACGAAACCCCUGUUCAAACCCGAGUACCAGCAGCUCCUUCCCCGCCGCCCCGCACGCUCCCCGUCUCCCCCAGGCCCCUCUCCGGUCCGCGUCGGUCGUGAGGACUCGAACACGCUCCGGCACGGCUCAGGGAGGCCUUCGGUCCCGCGGCGGGGGCACCACGGCCGCGCGCGCUCGCAGCAGGGCGGGGAGUCGCCGGCGCCGGCCCGACGCCGGGUUUUCCGGCCGGGCUGCGGUCUCGUGCGGGGGAAGGGGCACGGCCGGCGGGGAAGGGGCGAUCCGCGAGUCCGGACCUCCCCACCCCGCAGGCGCCCUGCCGUCCGCGCCUCCUUCAGCACCGGGGCGCGCGCUCGGUGUCCCCGCGCUCGGAAGGCAGCGGGACACCCACGCCCAGAACUUUCUCGCGCGCGGACGCGGCGUCUCCCCGCAGCAGCGGACCCGGAGGCGACGCACGCAGGGCUCCGGGGGACGGCGCCGCGGUCCAGCGACCUGCACACCGCGGGCGCACGCGGAGUGCCCGAAAGUAGAGCGAGUCCCGCGGGGAACACUGCGGGGACGCGAGAGGAGCCCCGCGCGGGCGUCCCGCACACGAAGCGCGCCCGCAAGUCCCACAGCUCCACCCGCACCGCGUCCGGCUUCUACUCGGGACGCGCCACCUCGUCCCGCUCGGGACCCGCCACGUCGUCCACGCGCUCCGGGACAGCCGGCCCCGAGCCCUCUCCCCGCACACGGGGAACCGGCGCGGGCCUCCGGGACCACAGGCACACCGGGCCGCCCCGGGAUCUGCUCCGGGCGCCGAGCCGGCCCGCGGGGAGUGGACCCGGCGCGGGGGCUCUGGGCGCGGGCGCCGCCCCGGACUGGGCCCCCGGCCCCGGCUUUGAGGACCCCCGAGGCGGCCCGGGACCGCCGCCCUCCCCGCCCCCACGCCCACUCCGCCCGGCGCCAACAAAGCGGGGGUCGCGUCGCGCCAAGUUUCGCUCCGGGGUCGUGUCGCUGGGACCCGGCGACGACUUGCGGGUCAGUCCCGUCGCGCCCGCGCCCCCUCGGCGGCGCCGGUCCCCCCGACCCCCGCCCCGGCCCCCAGGCCGGACACGCGCCCCAAGUUACCACAAAGGGUCGGGGAGAGGGUCGGGAGCCGCGCGCCGGCCCGUCCCGCCCUCGCCGGGCUCCGCGUCCUGCCGGCAGCCGCGCCACCGCCGUCAACAGGUCUUCGCCGCCUCCGGGCGGGAGGAUGACCCCGCUCGAGCCGCCCUCCCCCUGCAACCUGCCCGCCGGCGCCCCGCGCCCCCCUGCCCGGCGCCCUGCCCGCGCGCCCCGGCCGGACUGGGCUCCCGCCCGCCGAGGCCCGGCACCGCGCGGCCGCUCCUUACCUCCCGCGCCGCCGCAGUCGGCCGCGCUGCGCGUCCUCGGGGCCCGCCGGCUCCGCCCCCGCUCGGAAAGUUGCCGGACGUCGGCGCGGACUCCGCACCCCCGGCCGCGGCCCGCCCGCCUCCCGCGCUGUCCGCCCCGCCGCCUCCCGCGCGGCCGGAGCGCUCACUGGCGCGGCGGGGCUGCCUGCGCGGGCCUCGGGCGGGGCCGGCGGGACGCGGGGCGCCCCCUGUCGGCCGGCGGGAGCGCUUGUGGCGGGGCGGGACCCCCGCUAGCGGGACGGGCUGCGGGCGCUGA